AUGGACGCUCUGCUGCUAAACGCUCGAAUGAGCACCAGCGGCUCCAGCUCGAGUUUUGACAGCUCUGAUAACGAGGACCCGCCUAAGCUUAUCCUCGAGCGGUCUGAUAUGCCGCCUCCGCCUCCUCCCGAAUCACCGCCGCCCGAUAAUAAUAUAAUGCCUCCACCAGACUCUCCUCCACCUUGUGAUGUUUCAGCCAUGUUGACGCCCAAGCAUUCCCCAGUCAAGCAGCAAGAGAAGGAGGUUGUGAAUGCGUAUUCGGACGAAUCUGAUGUUUUCGAUGAGGAUAUUGAGGCCAUUUUAUUUGCUGAAGAGGAAGAAGAUCGCCGCAAAGGGUAUACUGACUGUUUGAUAGAAAGCCAUUUGGACAGCACUGAAUACCCAUUUCCGGCUUAUCUCGUCAAGCUUUCGACACUAUUUACGGAGGAAAAUGCGUUUGGAAAGAGUCCUGAAAACUAUAUUUAUUGCAAUAACUUGGUGGUUAGUCCGUACCAGCUGAAAUUAUUAGAUGUUCGAGCUUCUGCGUCAGAACAAGAGACACUGAAGCAAGUGCGACGAGCAGCAGAGGUGGCGGCAAAAAAGGAAUUGUACAGGAGACGCCAGCAGAGGUAA